AUGGCCGCAAACAAAAUAAAGCCUGAAUUUCUUCUCUCAGGCGUCUUUCCUUCUCGGCAGGCCGGUGAGGAGGUUCUCCGGGGCGGGACUGGAAGCGUUCAGACAAUCACGCACGCAGGAGCUGGAGAAGCGGUCCAGGGUUCUUCCAAAGUGGCGACGAACUCGUCCCCGCGCGCGCUCGUACUGAAGACCAUGGAGAGCGACUGGUUCUCUAUCGGAAAAGUCGCCGGUGUCCAUGGCCUCAAAGGCGAGGUGAAAGUGAGGGCGACGACGUACCGCAUUCGAGAACGAUUGUGCGAACCUGGCGUUCGCGUCUUCUACACCCCUCCAGGUCGGGGGCGACUCUCCUCGUUGGAAAUUGAGCGUACUCGGCGCACGGCAGAGUCCAGGGUAUUCUUGGUGAAAUUCAAAAACGUCGAGGACAGGAAUUCGGCUAUGUCCUUGAAUGGGGGACUCCUGCUCGUAUCUGCGCACCAGGCGAGGCAAGAGCUGCCGCCUGGGAAAUUUCUGCUUUCGGACAUUUCCGGUUUCUUUGUCACCGUUCACGGGGAUCCUCAGAAAAAUAAGAUUGGACGCAUCGUGCGAGUCAUUCCGAAGGAAACAACAGCCAGAGAGUCCGUCAUCCCUGCGGCUGACGAUUCCUUGGAGAUUAUGCUCUACCGCGACGUCGCUGCGAAGCCGCUGUUGCACGACUUCGCGCCGCCGCCUCGCCCCUUGCCCGCUGAGAUCUUUGGUGAGAAGUACAUGAAAAGGAGCAAGUUGGAAGACCGAAUGGCGGAGUCGGGACUCGAGGUGUUGUUCCAGUGUGAGUUCUGUGGCAAAAAGUUCCGACACUACGACCGCGCCAACGCACACGAGCUGAGGUGUAUGUACACCUCGAGCAACUCAACUUUGGUGACGGACUUCCAGGGGCGGCUUCUCGAUCGACGGCGCGAGGUCGUGAGGGAUUUUUUGGAACACAGACAGGAGCAGUUGUGGCGACAGGGACAGCCGUCGAACAGCUUGGCGGAAGAGAAGCCUUUGCUGUUUUUGGAAAGCGGAGGCGAUCUCUCGGCCGAUUUGGUCGCGUCUCUCGGCGGCACCGACGCGGGAAGCUGCGAAAAGUCUUCCUUGUAUAGGGCGCAGGAAGAACUUCGAAAAUUAGAGCCGUCAGAGGGGACGGGAGACGACGUGUGGUGGGAAGGCGAAGGGGAGGAAGGAACCGACUGGAUCGAAGAGGACGACGAGAAGUUCGAGCAAGUCGGCGGCGGCGCAGAUCGCGGCGACAUUCUGGCGCUUCAGAACCUUCUCACGGGAAACUCGCAUGCAGGAAGACUCUCAGCGGCCGAAACGGAUCUCGACGCGCCUGCACAGAAAAAGACGUUUCUGCUUCCUUUAACGUAUAACCAGACCGUCUGGGAGAUCGACUUCGCAAACCAGUCUGUUGCGAUCAGUGCGCCCCCGAGUCUCCUCGAUUAA